AUGCACUCGUAUCUAAUUCUUAUAAUGCAGAUUGAAGCGAAACUUGGCACAUUGAUAGACCUUGAUUCCCAAAGUCGGUUUGAAUUUCCGGUCUUGAGUGAAACCGUAUUAAAUCCAGAGUUCAAUCUUCGGACUCGGUUUCAGAGCGAUAUGCCUGCUUCAGAACACAAACACUUUAAUGAAUUUUUGAACAGUGCAUUUAGAGAAUCACAAAGACCCGGCCGAAUUCCAAUUGUCUAUAAACACGUGAAGCAGGUGGAUUUGUUUUAUGACUCUAAAAGUCAUGGCCAUGAUAGAGUCCGUGUAACUCGAGACCAGAAAGAUAAUCGAGUCCUUGCUUGCGUAAUGAAACGUCGAGUUGCUGACCUAUACCUAUACUGCCCUAAUGAUGCCUUUGAUGUCAGAAUUUCCAUUAGUGAUGAAGUUCCCGUUUCUAUGCCUUCCCAAGAGACUUCCCCUUUGUUGACUAGAAUCAAGGAUCGUGUUGGGUACCAACACCAAGAUGUUAAAAUUGAUCUUACCAUGACAAUUCAAAAUGAUCCAAGGUACGAAUCCACGAAACGUCAUGAAUUAGAAGUCGAAUUCAAUAAUACUGCGGGCUUACGUGAACGAGCUAUGCGUGCUAAAGAAGGCGUCGAGCCAUCUUGGGAUAGGAGGGUUCAGUUGUUCUUAGACAAUAUUCGUAUCCUUCGUCGUGAGAACUCAUAA